AUGGCGGACUGGCAGACAAAGAUUCCCGCUCCACCUCAGCUACUGGCACCACUUACGGUCCCCACAAAAUAUCUCUUUGGCCCGGGCCCGUCAAAUCCUAACAUGAGGAUAUACAAAGCUGCAGCAAUGUCCCUUUUGGGUCAUAUGCAUGCAGAUUUCUGCAAAGUAAUGGACGAAGCGAAGGCUGGUCUACAAUACGUGUUUCAGACAAAAAACCGGUAUACACUUGCUAUCACUGGAACAGGACACGCGGCAAUGGAAGCUUCGAUCAUGAACAUCGUAGAACGGGGGGAACCUAUUCUAGUGUGUGAUAAUGGGUUGUGGGGAAAGAGGGCACGUGAAAUUGCGGAAAGGCAAGGUGAGAGAUAUUUAAAAGAACGCGGUGGCUAUAUACCCAGCAGUCAGAAAGUUUUCUGGAAUGUCUGCAAAAUCCCGUUUUCUAAUCGUUUGAAAGUAUUAUAUCUUCAUUUAGAAUAACCAAGCGAACAGGAAAACAAAACUAGCUUCCCAGCUGAGAGGUUGCGGUUUCAGUGAGAGUCGACGCUGUUUCGACACCCAGAAGAAUUUAGUGAGUGGCAGCGCGUGACUCACGGGCCCGAUUUCACACGGGCUAGAUACCCGACAGUCUGAAAGCGGAGCUGGAAAGUUAAAAGACCUUCUCUUCAGCUCCAUAUUACAUGCAUACUAGCCUCGAUUAGUUUCUCAAAACAAUCGGAGAGAGAGUACUUUGAUUUUGAAACUUUAUUUUGGUGGUGCUGCUGAAUUUUGGGAAAGCGUUCCUCUGAUUUUGCAAAAUUUAUGCAAAUUCUCCUCAAAAUAUUCUAUCAUGGUUUAGAAUUGGUGAGUGACGAGAAACAAAAGAGUUUCUUAACCAAGGCAGAGGUUAUUUGAGUGCAUAGCCUAUGUUGUGGUUGACUCACGGACACGGUUUCUCCUAAGUCAAUAUGCUCCCAUUUGUCUUGGAAAUUUCAACAUUUAGUGUCUCUUUAGCUCCCAUUGAAAGUAUUUCAUCGACUUUCAGACUAGCCAAGCGAUUACCAAUACGUUUAAACAUAUUAUAAAGCACACUUCCGGGUAUAUUAGCUUUCAUCAGGUUUGAUGGAAACGUGCCUGUGAGUCACGCACUGCUUCCGCGGCUCACGAAAUUUUCCUAAGCGUCGAAAUGGCGUCGACUUCAGUCUGUAACCAAGAAACCACAAUCCCUCAUCUGCGAAGCCAUUCUUGUUUUCCUGAUCGCUUGGUAAUUCUAAAUGAAGAUAGAAUACGUUCAAACGAUUAGAAAAAGGGAUUUUGCUGAAAUUCUAGGGUAAGACUAAAUUUAGGAACUGUGGACCGCGGAACCGCGGAACCGGCGGAAUCUACUCAACCUAAAGAAUGACUGUUUUUACUGACAACUACCGUUGGCUGACGUGAUAAAAUAAUUAGUUACAAUUAUCUUCUUACAAUAACUAAGCAAUUUCUCGCCCGCUGAUUGGUCGAGAGCUAUUGUCGGUAACGGUACAGACCAUGGAAAUGAAGUGAAGGUGGCGCAGUUCGUUUUUUUUUCUUUCCCACAAGCGAUUUUCCGCAAAACGUGUACGGACAUGGACGACAAAAACUGUCAAUGUUACUGUAAAAAACAAAUCGACAGCAAUUUUCCAUGGUCUGUACUCUUAUCGACCAUAGAAAUAACGUCAAAAUGUUCACAACUUUACAAUAACACCACUCUCCUGCGGCUCGUGGUUCCACUUGAGUUCCAUGCCACUCGGUACAAGUUAUAAUUAAUUUAUGUACCAAAACAAAGUCAAAGAAUAUUGCUUUCCCCGCUUAAUAAUUUUCCGUUGCACCAAGAGGCAGGAAACUUAAACCAAGCGCAAACCUCUGCGGUGCACAGUGUACGCGAAGUUUAGAUUUAGCAGUCAGAAUAUUUGUUUUGAUCAAUGAAAAUGCGCCAGUAACGGUACUACCGGCACUUUCCUGCAACCAGGUGCAAGCUAAAUCAAAUUUAUCUUUCUACUUUUUAAUUUUUGGUUGUGCAGGGCUAUGUUCCAUUAAAUUUCAACCACGCAUUUAAAUUCAAAGGUGUCUAAAUGUUUACAGUGUGUGCAGACCGAAUGGCAGUCAAGUCUUGUCAAUUUGUUGCACAAAAAGGGUCUACAUGUUUUACAAAACUGCCGCUUCCGUGCAGCUCGGUACACGCUAAUUUCUCUAUCAAAACAAAGCCCAAGAAUUUUUCUUCCACUGCUAUAUAAUUUCUCGUUGUACCGAGUUGCAUGAGACUUGCACUAAACUUAAAAAGAAAAACACCAAUCUUUUUAGCAAGUGUUGCUAAAGACCCAAAGACCUCAGACCCCUUGAACUAAAACGAAGACCCCCUGGACUAAAACGAAGACCCCUUGGACUAAAACGUGGCAAGACCGUUCCAGGAUGCAUUAUCUUCUAGACAACACAUAUGACUAAAAAUUUCGACCCAAAUAACUUUCCGUCUCUGACAAUAUCAACAAAACCACAUCACUGCCACUGACAACGCACGUUGCCAUUUCUUCUUUCAUCUUGACAACAUUUCGCGGGGAUUUUGCCUCUUAGCCAAUAUCUUUGCCGGAAAGCGACCACGUGAUUUUUGUCGCGGCGCAUGCGUAGACAUUUUUCGCCAGUGAAACCACGACGACAAAAUUUUCUGUCCGCCCUUGCGCAGUGUUCUGUAUCUCUCUUCCGUUCGUCGUCGACAAAGUCGUCGUCGUGGUUCUUACGUUCUCGAAUGUUGAACUUCUACCGAAUGACUUAAAAGUCUUUUUCAAUAAAAAUCGAUAGUAAUCGAUAAAAAACGAUAAAUCAAUCAUUAUCGAUUUCUAUCGGAAAUCGAUAUUAAUCGAAGUCACAACUACUGUUCUUUAUCGCUUAUCGGAAAUCGAUAUUCUCGAUUACUAUCAAUUAUUAUAGAUUAGCGGUUUAUCGAUUAACUACGUCUGGCUUUAAGGCCAUUUUUGGACCCGAGGCAUGGACUAAACGAUCGAUUUAUCCGUUUUGUGGGGGUAGUAAAAUCGCAAUACAGAGCUAAACAGGAUAUGUGUUCUUUAACUGCCUCACAAUUUUGCCGGUGCGUCUUAGCCUGCAGAGCAGGCGUUUUUGAAGGUGGCUCGUCUGGAUUUUCUCUGGAGUAUACCUCCCCACUUUGAGCGUUUACUACGUUGGCAUUAACAAAGAUAUCGAGAAAAGGUUACCACAGAUGUACUGCAUAAAAAUGAAAAUUUGUUAUGAUCCCUGUUUUUUUUUUGUUUUUUUUUUACAUCGGAGUUGCCAUAGCAACAUAAUGACGCCAUUAGGUUUUUUACUUGCCUUUGUAUUUCUCGGUACCAGAAGUUUUUUUUUCAGAAAUCACUUAAGGGGGCUUGUACUUCCUUUAGUUGCCUCGAUUAUAGCAAAGUUUGAACAAAUUCUAUGAGAGCGUUUUGGAAAUACUUUGAAACAAUUUUUUACGGAUCCUAAAAACAGUGAAAAUACAUGCUAUCGACAUAAUUAGCUAAUAUCUAAAGAAAAUGAUGAGGUCUGGAAAUGUAGUUUCAUCUUAUACUGGUUGAAUUCCAUUUUAAACUUUGUACGAAAAAAGAGGGGGAUUGCUUCGGCUGAUCGCGAGUAACUAAGAAUUUGAUUAGCCAACGUUAGACUGCUUUCUUUACUACUUUUGUAUGCAAUUUGGUCCACACGUACAAAUUUCACGGUUAUUUAAAAACCGCUUGAUAAUUGAUAAGGAUCUCGAGAUUAAUCAUCAAUUUACGUCUCCUCCAAGUUUGAAGGACAUUGAAAACAAGGAAGGCAGUUAAAUGGGGUUUCAAAUGUCACAAGUGUUUCUCCCAGAUUUUCUGUUUAUACGUGAGAGGUCAAAGUGGGGAGGUAUACUCCCUAAAAAAUCCAGUCAAGCCACCUUAACGGAAACUUAGAGGUACGUUGAUCGCGACCUCCAUCUUGAAAAGCCAAGCGUCCAAGAUGGCGGGAUAGCAUUAUUCAUUAAACAUCAUGGAUCGCGCUGCAAAAUACGCCUGCUUUGCAGGCUAGGUUCGUCUUGCAAGACUUUACUUUUCCAGUACAUAUCUUAUUGCAAGACUCGUCUCCAUGGCCUAUUUAAAGCAGUAUCCUUGAGCUACGAUAGUAUUUAACUUAUGCAACAUUUUCAGCAACCGUGUUAUAAUUUCUUCGGCCGGUACUGUCGAUAUUGUGGGUCGUUUCUAUAGAAAUGAAUGAAAAAUGGUCCUUUUUUGGAUACAUCGUUUCUUUUCUUAACGAAAAAUACUAAUGAUCCGGAUUUUUGAUCUGAUCUUGGAUUUUAGUAAAGAAACACACCCUUAACUUUAUAGCUUAAGCUAUAUAUUUCAAUAGAUUUCGAGGACUAAACAAUUUUUGCAAUUUUCAAGAUAAUGUAAGAUAAUUACAUUACAAUGUGCUCUGUCAAUUUUUGGCAUAGGGCAAGAUUCCAACUCAUUGUUUAAAGGAAGCAUUGGUCACGUGACCUCUCAAUAAUGCAAGCGGCCUAUUUGUAUCUGAGUAAAAAACUGUUCAUCACAUCGCAGGCAGACCAGCCUCUGAUUGUGUGACCGUUGUUCGAUUGAUCUUUUGCCAUGCACUUAUGGCAGAAAUACAGAUAAGCAUUUACAGCACCUACAAUUUCAAAGGCUCCAAAAUACAGAUUUGAACGUAAAUGUUUGAAUAAAAGUAAAAUUUUACAGUCAUGUGUAAAUUUUUUUUCUUUGCCCAGAGCAGUACUUUAAUGCAUUAUUUUUGAGACAGAGAGAUAAUAUAUUUGACUGGCAGCAAAAAGUAAAGGAAGAGUACAAGGCAGGCAAAAAUCAGCUGUCAGCGCGUGACAUAGUCCACUUCAAACUGGAACUGAUGCCAAACCAUAGAAAUUCUCAUCUCAAAAACACCAUAUGUCAUCAAGCCCUCGCCAAAGCUUUGCUCAAUCCUUCCAAAAGUUAUGGAGAAAAGAAAUACUGAAGUUACAAAAGCAGGUUUCUUAAUAUGAUUGAUGCCAAAUUCUCUCUCCCCUGAGUUUUCCUAUUGAGCUGUUUGUUGUUGUGUUUGUUAUAUCUAUUAUUGUAAGUGUAAUGAUUUUUUUUUUUCUGGAAGGAUGUGACGUCAGAGUUCUUGAAAAGCCACCUGGUGGAUAUUUUACCUACGAAGAGAUAAAAGAGGCAAGUUCUUUUGAUUUCUCUUAAUUCUUUACGAGUGACCAUCUAGCCAAUUAAGCCUUUCUGCAACCGCAAUUAAUUUCCUUCAAGUUAAGAGCAGUGGGUUAAUUUGUUAUGUGCCACACCAAACUACAAGGUUAUCUUGAGAGCCGACAUUUCGGGAUGCCACCGGUGCUCUAUGAAAAAAAAUUGAAGAGAGCCCUGUGCUCUGAAUCUGUGAAAUGCAGGCUGCCCAGCAUAUGAUUUCUAUGAAAAACCUAACUAAAUAUUUUAUAGUCUCCCAGGAGCAAAAGUUACUAGGGGCCACCGGGCGCUGCCAGAGCACAGCCCUGAUAACAAGAGCAUAAAAGUUACAAGGAACAUGCUACUGUUAAAAACGUAAAUGUGUUUUCUUCUUUCAGGGUCUUCAAAAGCACAAACCUAUCGCUCUAUUUGUUUGUCACAGCGAAUCUUCAACUGGAAUUUGUCAACCACUGGAUGGCUUUGGACCUCUUUGUCAUGAGUUAGUUAUUAAAACAUUAUGAAAAUAACAACAACAAUGAGACACAUUUUCAACUCUAACGUUAUCUUCAGGCUUAAAAUCAAGAUAAGAAAAAAAUAACACUUUGCAAAAUAUAUGGAGGGUUAAAAUGAAAGGGGUAACUGUUACAGGUCAAAAAUCAAUUAUAUUCAAAUUAAUUUUUUGACCUUGGUUGAUUCUCAAUUUCAAUCAACCAAGUUUAAGAAAAAAAUAAACUGAAUAUAAUUUUGACCCGUUAACACAUCAGUAUGUGGUGAUUUGGAUUAAAUUAAAAUGUGUACAAGGAUUGCAGCUUUAUCACAUGCAGGCUAUAUUUGCAACGGAAACCCUAAUCCAAGAGAAUUAUAAAGAGAAAAGAAAUCUAAACUUCCGAGAGUAAUAAAUGUACUCUCAGUAAGCCUGAAGAUAACUUUAGUGUUCCAAAUGUUUUAAAAUGCUUACCUUAAUCGGAGUUAGCACCGAAAGAAAGCCAAUCGCAUGCUUAUUAAAUUCAUGCAAAGGAGAGUUAACGUCCUGUAGAGAAGCGCUUUGUAUGUUGUAUUCUUUAACUGACCUUUUUUUUUCUUUCUCUUCUUAGGCAUGACUGCUUGUUAAUAGUAGACACUGUUGCAUCUCUUGGUGGAACACCUUUCUUCACUGAUGAUUGGGAACUUGAUGUUGUGUAUUCAGGUUCUCAGAAGUGUCUAGGUGCACUGCCCGGAGUGUCACCCAUAACCUUCAGUCCUAGAGCUAUGUGAGUGUUUACUUUAUAAUUUCUUUACUUCAAUAAUACGUUUCUCAGAUUUUUUUUAUAAUAUUGUGCAAGAGGCCAGACACCCCAUUAAGCAGGAAUAAUGGUGGGAAGUCUGUACCAAUAAUUUCUGCAAAAUGGAGCUGUAUGAAGUUAACACCUGCAGGCAUGCAAGAUCCCUUGGGUUAUUCACCAAUUCAAGUUUCACUAUUUCAAUCUCUGUUUUGCAGGAGCACUGCAAUCAAUCCUGUUCAUCAAAAAAAAAUUUGGACUAAAUAAAAUAACUUUUAGGCUGGUAAAAGAUUAGCCACAGUGUGCCUGAAUGGCAAGCUGUAAAACUAACACCUUCUUUGCACUUUGCGAUGUAUCGCUAUCCACUGGAUAAAGUUCUAUCUAGUGUAUAACGCAAUUGGUUUCCCCAACAAUAGUGAUUUAUCCGGUUGAUAAUACUAUGCAAACUUUCAACAACUGUAGCCUGAAGUUCGAGGUAGACUGCUCAAACUCCACACUUCUGCCUCUGCUGCCUAAUAACUUGGUUUAAUGUCAUUUGUUUGUUUUGUUAUAAGGGCUAAGGUGAAUGGUCGUAAAACCAAAGUGCUGUCAUUUUACCUUGAUAUUAUUGAACUGGGCAACUACUGGGGAUGUGAUGACGGACCAAGAAGGUAAAUUUCUUAAUUCACAAGGAUUUAUCAAUAUAUACUUUCAUUAUAAUUUUUUUUUGUUGGCCUUUUCAGUUCACUUUAUUAAUUCUUGACAAAUUCACAAAAAAGAACAAACAUUACCCGCAGUUAGCAACAGCUACAUGUAAAGGCGAGCAGUGGAACACACAUACAGUAAUAAUAUAAAAAAGCUCACUAAACUUAGAGAAAACUUUAGAAAAAAAAAAAAAAAGAAAUCAAAAUUGUUUAUAUAGUUUAUGGAAAAAGGUGCAAACAGGUAUGUAUUUGUAGAAUAAAAAAAAGUGGUAAAUACGCUCGUAAAAACGGAAUUUUUAAGAGAUUUUCGUUGUUAACUUUAGGUUAACAAAGUUGCCUUUGCCUAUGUUCAGAAAAUGUGGUACUUUAUAUUAAGAAUAAGAGGAGUUAAUGCCUAAAGCAAUUCCAGGAGUUGAAUAGGACCAUUGCACAAUGACGUCAUUUUUCUACAACUACCAGAAUCUAUAUUAGUUUGGUUUGUUUUUUUCUAGUGCCAAUUAAGGGUCCUCUGACCUAUCUUUUGGGGCUGUUGCCAGGGAAAAUUCUAGCAGUAUAACUUGGACUCCUUUUUCCAUGCAUUAGUCAAUUUAUAGCACAAUACUUGUUAGUGAUACACAGAUGCAAAUAUAGCGCCAUCUGACCACGCCCACGAUCACGUGACAAAAAAACGAAAAUGUCUAAAAUCCUAGAUGUAUACCAUUUUAAUCACUAUUUUUUCGUGGAUAUGUUAUUCUUGUUUCAACUCUUAAAAAACUAUACAUAGAUUUUCUUUGUUUUCCUUCAAACUAAACUUCUAACCCAGAAUUGAAGUUCUGAAAUAAUGAUAAUUUGUUUCAUGGAAUAGACUUCUUUAAAAAAAAUGCAUAGUCUUAUUUCUAAUACCAUACCAAAAGGUUUUUCACUAAAGGUACAGACCGUGAAACAAGAACCGCAAAGAUUUUUUAGAGACUUUUUGGAAACCGGAAGUUGUUUCCUUUGACUCAUGCGAGGACGAAUUUUGAUCGUUAGUUUUAAAUGUCGACACGUUGAUAUUCUUUUUUUGGGAAUUUCAUAGGAGAAACUUGUUUAUGUAUGUGAAGGUUCCGUGUAAAGGAAGAUAGUGCCUGAAAGUUUACAACCUUUCUCAGAAAUAUGACGAAAUUAUGUUGGGGGGGGGGAAUAAUAGUCCGUUUGUCAAACUGGUGGCUAGAGUUUAACCUUACCAAUAUAAAGCUCAAUACUUAUACAGGUUUGUCGCUUGUUUUGUCUCUAAAUCACCGUUAUGUCGUUAAGGCUCCCAUAUUCUGUAGCCUUUCAUUCAGUGAAAGAUGUUUAUAUACUAAGCAGAAACUCUGUAUUUCCAUUUUUGUCCGUUUACGGUGUAUUUUAAAUUGGAUGGCACGAAAUUAUAGUCCUAAAUUUCACGCCACGGAUGGCAUGCAGCAGCCAUUUUUCAAAACUUGAAAUAAUUUACCAAGGAACAAAAAUAUUCUUUCUAGUACCCCCUUAAAUCAUUAUAUGCACGCGCACCGGAAGUAAAAAUGCUUUCCCUUAGCAACGCGAGAAAGAUAGGUCAGGAGGUGCUUACGGACAUUGUUUUUUUAAACCUCAGCGGGAUUGACAGAUUUAAAUAAGAAAGCAAAUCGAAGCGAAUUCUGGUAGUUGUACUGAAAUGUCGUCAUCGUGAAAAUGGCCUAUUAGCCUGUAAGCAAGCUCCCUCCGUGGAGGCGGAGGGUGGGGGGGGGCGAAGUGAAUCUGCCCUCUCUCCCCUGACCUCAUCCCCCUGAUCCACUUGUUCACGGGCGGGAGUUACAGGUGCAGCUAUAAUUUUAUAGUUUAAAACCUAUGGAAUCUGAUUAAUCAAAUCGACUCUUCUGCAAAAUGUAGAAAAAACCUAAUAUUUACAUUUUUGCCACAGAUACCACCACACGGCUGCAAUUAGCCUGGUUUAUGCCUUGAGGGAAAGCCUUGCUAUUCUGGUGGAGGAGGUAAAGCAAAAUGUCUAGGCUCUCUUCUUUUAUAUGUCUUAUAUACCUGCCAUAUGGUUGCAAUUGCGGAUUGAGUUGACAAUAUCCAUUGUACAGAUUAUACCCUUAAGUCUCAGGUCUCCAGUCUUUCAUCACCCCCACUGGACGGCUUGUUCGCACGUUUUUCAGGGUUUUACACUGACAUAGAGACAAUGACCAAAAUGUCAGCCUCCUUAUCUUUUUAUGGUGACUGAUUUGCUCUAUCAACUCAGUUGAUAAAACAACUUUUUUGUUUCACUCAAUGCAAAACCACAGUUUCUUUACAAAGUAACCCGUUGAUGGUUAGUUACUUAACUAUUGUGAUCAUUAUUAUGAAAAGUACUGACUUGUAGUUUUACAGGUUUUGUGUGAACUGUAAUGCAUGCACUAGGAUGAAUUACAAUGUACGUUGCUGGGGGCUGGUCACCCCAAUUAUCUUGACCGAAAAAAAGGAAUAAUAAUCUCCGUUGUGAGUUCAAUUUUAAUAAUUUGACAAUCACCAGGGACUCGAAAAUUCCUGGAGGCGGCAUCAUGACACCAUUGAACAUCUCUGGGCGGGGCUUGAGAAGAUGGGGAUGGAGAUGUUUGUAGCGGACAAGGUGAGUUUUAGCUUCUUUUUUUGUAAAACCAAUUUGUUAGGCUGUGUAAGUUGUUGUUUACACGUACGUCAGUUAUAAAACAACCUACUAAUACUAUCGUCUGCUAGAUUAUUGUUAAUUCUUUAAAAGUGUACUAAUCAAAAAUUACGCAGCGCGUUCGACCUCUCUCAAUUUCCCUCGAAAGAGCUAACAGGACUGGUUGAGAAAACAACAAACAAACGACAGAAUCAGUAAUGGCACCUUUUCCUUAAACGAUAACGGUUCUUUGGACGAAUAAAAAACCGCCAACGCACAGGCUAUGGAUUUCCGUAGCUUUUCUCCUUGAAAAUGUGCUUAUGGCACAAAUUUACAUUACCAUCAAACUUUUUCAAGUACGAACACCUCCGUUAAAAUAAACAGAUAUUCUUCUCAUCUCAACAUUGAUUGUAAUGGCUGAAAUGCGCCUUUAUACAUUAACUUUCAUCUUCCUGUUUUGAAUUGAAGCAUUAAUCAUUACGUUUCCAUUCAAUGCUAAAAACGCAGAUAAUGAGGCAACCGUCAAAAACUAAUUCUGAUCGGCUUAAAUCGCGGCUAACGACGUCCAUGUCGAUUGGAAAUAAUAACACCCUCCUCGAUGUGCCUAACUCCUCCUAGUUACUAUCAUAUUCAGCCUCCUCUAGACAUUCCUGGUUCAGUAUUAAUUUAGAUUAUAAACUAAUACAAAUGCCCGUUUCUUUUACUCCUUUUUAGGCUCUUCGUCUUCCAACAGUAACAACCAUUAAAAUCCCUGAAGGAUUUCCAGACUGGAAAGCUGUCCCAGAUUAUCUGAUGAAGAAGUGAGCAGAACGCUUUUCUUAAUUAUCUUUGAAAUACCCCCACCCCGCCCAACCCCGUCCCCCGGUUUUGCAAAUGCAAAUAGCAGACUCGUAUGUUACGAACAAAAGAUUCUGUCACAAUCACGAAGCCACGAACUAGAGGUAACUGUGGUCGAAUUCCGGAAAGUAGCAGACCAUCCAUGUAUUUCGAAAUUUCCCCCCUUAGCAGCUUUUAUAUUUUUGACAGAAACCAUUUAAAUUUACAAAUUACAGUAGUCCGAAGCGGACGUAUACAAAACAUGGUCCCCCGGUCCAUGGACCACCUCUUUGGACCUCGUCCAUGGAGGUAAACAUCACAAAGGGGUAAACAUAACACUGAAAAAAUGUAGUCAGAGAUGGUGGCUUUAAAUUUUGCAGUUGAAUCAACUGUUAAAUAAUCAGAUGGCAGGCUAUUCCAGUCAAUGAUAGUUUUCGGCCAGAAGCUCUAUUUGUACGUGUCACAGGAUGGCUGAAGUGGAAUAAAUUUCAGUGGAUGAGAUGCUCUGGUUUUUAGGGAAGACUGAUAAUAUACAUAGCAGGGGAUAUCAAUAGCCGGCCUGGUUGAUAACACAUUUGCACAUCAGUGUCAGUCUAGCUACUUGUCUCUUUUUUCGAGAGUUGGCUAAUUUAUUUGCUUUAGGGCGUUGGUUACGCAUCCCUCCUAUUCCGUGCACGUUCUUGUCUCGAGGCGUGCUGCCCUGCGCUGGGCCUGUCUUCGAGCCACGAUUUCUGAUAUGCUCUAUAUGGAUCCCAUACAAUACAACCAUAUUCCAACGUUGGUCUCACUAGCGAUUUGUAGGCUUGACCUUUAACCUUCUGUAAGCAAUGAUGCAAGCUCCUCUUGACAAAGCCAAGUAUCGAAUUGGCUUUGUUUGUAAUGUUCAGGAUAUGUGGCUUCCAGUUUAGGUUCUGUGACAGAGAAACUCCGAGGUAAGGAUAGUGGUCUACAGCAUGUAGGGUAUGACCAAGCGUAGUGUAUGCGUGUGUAAGUUUGCGUGUAUAUGUAGAAGGAUACUUGGUUCUGAAAACGCGUAGAACGUAACACUUCGAUGGGUUGAAGGCCAUUUGCCACAACUUUGCCCAUUCAACUAAUUUGUCCAGAUCAGAUUGGAGACGGAUUGCAUCGUCGGAAUUGUGUACCAGACCAUGCAACAGGGUGUCGUCAGCAAAUAAUAUAACUUAGUAUUUGAAAUAAUAUCAUUACCUGUAUCGUAAACGAAUAGCAAGAAGCACAAGGGACCCAACACGGUUCCUUGCGGGACUCUGGAUCUUACGCAAGACCUCUCACUGUACUCGCCUUCAAGGACCACCUGUUGAGUUCUUCCUAUUAGCCAUGCGUUAUCAAGGCUAAGACUAAACUACGAAUGCCAUAGUAUUCUAAGUUAAGUAACAGACGUUUGUGCGCUACUUUAUCGAAGGCUUUAGAAAAGUGUAACAUCAAAGGAUCAGUCUAGUUUCUUACUGACCGAGCUAGAUGCUGUACGGUAUUGAUACGUUACGCCGGUUCCCUUCCCUCACAGCCCUUGGAACUGUUUAUUUGGUCAGGCGUUUUACAAGUUUGCGUACACUUACAAGUUGGUUCAUGUAAAUUGCCAUUCAUUCGAGUCGAGAUUGUUGUCGUUACAAAAACAUAGACAUUAAGCUUCCUCCGUAGUCUCAUAUGCAGCCGUUUUUUUUUGUUUUUUUUUUUGUCAAUUUCCACCAAAACGAAGACAAAAAAAAAGAAGGACUGCCACUCCUCCUGUUCCCUUCAAAUAUGGUGACUCCAGAUUAAAUGAACCCAUUAUAUUGGUCGCAUGAAAUUAAAAAAAAAAAUGUAAGUGUAAGAUAAAAGGAGAAGACCAUAACCCUGAUGAUAAAAGCUGACCACAGUUUCGUCCAUUUAAGUUUUCUAAAAUCUGUUUAGACCACUGGUAGGAUUCAUCUUCAAAAAUUAGAGGUGGACCCGCAGCGGACUCGUAGACUCGGUCCAUGGACUAGGUCCAGAAGCUAGAAGCUAUGUUCUGUGUCAGUGGCGUGCACAUUUUGAAGGGUCGUUGUUUUAUUUUUUUUUUCAUUUGUAAGGAAAGCACCUUUAGAAGAUCUUUCUAAGUGACGUUACGAAUUUGCAUUUCUUUUUCGUCUACUAUUUGGCCAUUUCUUGAAGGUUUAUGGGCACCUCCUUCUCCUCUUUUCAGCGUUGAGCUGAUCAUGAUAUCGUUAGCCUAAAAUUUCAGGAAAACCUUUGCAUGGAAACUGCAGCAAAACAAAACUUCGUCUGGGAAAACGUAUGACACUUCGGUGAAGGUCAACCUAAGGCUACGUCCAUGCGACUUCGAUCCCUAUCAGUUCGUACACGAAUUCAAUGCAAACCGGUACGAGUUUACCACUUCCGUCCUUUGUGAGCUCUAGUACAUGUCCGAUCUCCAUGCAGUCUGUGUUCUAAAUGGAUACUUAAAAUGGCUCUCUUGUGAAUAACCGUAACUUUAUUUAUUUUGUUAUUUAUUUCAAUAUUUGCCAGGUACAAGCUUGAAAUUGUAGGUGGUAUGGGUUCAACAGUAGGAAAGGUAAGUCGCCUUGCUAUUAACUGAUCAUGAUUUAAAAGUAACCAAAGUUAACGGAUCAGUGAAUUAAUUCAGCGCUGGGUGAGCACGCGACUCAUCUAAUUUUUACCUUUAAAUAAUUUUUUGGUUAACUUCGACAGUGAAACCCGGACUUCUACCGUUUAAGAUGGCUACGUUUAUAUAACAUUUAGUUUACGUUACGUAACGUUACGUUACGCGGUUUCUCCCGAAAUGGGGAUGCUUACGGUCUACUCGCCUUUUCAGGAGGUACUCCAGCACUCAGGCAUCUUUGAUAAACGUAUAUAAUUCACAUUACGGCUAGUGAUCUUCAGGAGUUUAUAGGAAAUCCUAGAGUCGUGAAUGUUUCGCUCCUAUAUUUCGCGCUUUGGCUCCUCUGGCUCGACUUGUGGGCAUGUCUAGGGGUUAUUAAGCAUUAAAUAACCAGCUUGCGGGGAAACAUUUCACGUUGUUUCUCUUACAGAGUUGGUGGGUCUUUUACCGUAUCACAAACUUGUGUUUUCUGUACUCAUUUCUCAGGUGUGGCGUGUAGGGUUCAUGGGACACAACUCCAACCCAGAGAACGUGGAUUUAUUCUUACGACUGUUUAAAGAAGCGAUAGAAUCUGUGCACGCUGGAACUCCCAAGUCUCAGCCUUAAACAUUCAUAACUAAGUUGUAUCAUGAUUGUAUAAAAAACGUUAUAGCAAGUAUGAUUGUUUAGGGAGUGCAGGGACGGAUUUAGGGGAAGGGUGCAGGGGGUGCGCCCCCCCCCCCCCCACCCCUGAGAUGACCUGCGGUUUUCUAAUACAACUGGUGUUCUGCAAAAAAAAAAAAAACUAUGUGGUUUAUUGGUGUUGAAGUAGAGCAAGAGACGAGUGCACCCCCUCCUAAAAAAAAUUCUUGAAUCCGCCCCUGGAGUGUACGAUACAUUUUCGUAGACGCCGGCCUGUUGAUGGUGUCUUGUACUAUUCUUUUUCAUUCGGCAUAAUAGGUACACAACAGGGGCACCCAACGACCGAAUGUUUUGAAAUACACCAAAAGUGUCUCAAAUGGUUUUCUCUGUGCUUUAGAAGCCUGUUUGGUUAAUUUGGAGUCACCCUAAAAACUAUUUAUCUGUUCGGAUGUCUUAGGGGAACUUUGGUUGUCACGA